UGGGUAUACAGACUUUGGAAAUAAUGGCAAUAACUUUCAAGAGCAACAAUUCCAGGGAGCGCAAGACGUUUAUGAAAAUAAUAGAUAUCCACCAAUUGACAACAGGCCACUAAAUAACGGGAAAAAUUUAGGUCCAGGAUAUUCACAGAAACCAGAACCUCUACAAGAUUACAACAUAACUUCUCCUAACUAUUCCUCACCACCUUUGGAGGUGUAUCCGCCUUCGCCUGGAAAACAGCCGUAUCAAGAAGGACUAGCAGUACCUUUAGGUCCAAAUUCUAGCCAGCCAGAAAUACAGCAGCAAUAUAGUCCAGAUUAUCCAAAUUAUCCAAAUUACAAUAAUUAUAAUUCGCCGAUGCAAGCACCUUUAUAUAAUCCCCAGAUGCAAACACCAUAUGGUCAUGAAUUACCACCAGAACCUCCUCAUAAUUAUCAUAAUCAAUUUUCAAAACCGGAUCAUUUUCCAUCAUCGACAUAUAAUUUAAAUCAAACACAACCAUAUUCACGCUCUCAAUUUAACACUAAAAAUACAACAUAUACAUCAAACGAACCUCAGCCUCCGAUUAAUUAUUCUAAUUAUUCUCAGUCACAAAAUACAACAUACACAUCAAAUGAUCCAUAUCCUCCAAAAAAUUAUUCACCACCUUUAAAUAACACAUAUACACCGAACGAUCCUCGUCCUCCAAAAAAUUAUGCGCCACCUCAAAACAUCGAAAUUACAUCAUACACAUCAAGUGAUUCACGUGCUCCAAAAAAUUAUUCACCAACUUUAAAUACAUCAUACACGUCUAAUGAUCCUCAUCCUCCAAAGAAUUAUUCCCCACCUCUAAAUACAUCAAGUGAUCCACGUCCUCCAAAAGAUUAUACACCAGCUCUAAAAAAAUCAUACACAUCAAAUGAUCCACUUCCUCCAAAACAUUAUUCGCCACCUUCAAAUACAUCAUCAAAUGGUCCACGUCCUCCAAAAAAUUAUUCACCAUCUCAAAACACUAAUUCUAAGGAUAAUUAUUCACCACCUUCACAACCAGCAAUUGAGGCACCAACUUAUGUUGGUGGAAAUAAGAGAGAACGAAUUAUGCAGAAGAACAAUAGAUGUUGUAAUUGUUCAAUUUGUGGAUGCAUACAAUGCACUUGCACGCUAGUUGCUCUUCUUAUCGGAGUGGUAUUUAUCAUUGUUGGUAUAGGAUUGUUUACACUUUCUAAGGAGCUUCCUUCAGUAUGUGGACCGUCUUGUGACCCUAGUCAAGUCACUAAUUCAACAAACUCAACAACGUCGGCGAUUCCUGGUAAUUUUACGAAUACAAUUAAUCAAGCAGUUAAUAAUGGUAGUUCUGAAU